AAAUCUACUGCAAGCAUGUAUCCGUUGGAGCGUGCAGCAUUUCUUGAGAAAGAAGAUGAAAUGGAAGUUGUUCAUGCUGUAGCAGCCACAGCUGGAGAAACAGAGGCAUCAGACAAUGUGAACACUCAUUUUAUCUGCUUCACAUGUGUCGACGGGGAACUUUAUGAGCUUGAUGGAAGAAAGUCGGGACCAAUUUCGCAUGGGGCUUCCUCACCAAGUAGCUUAUUGCAGGAUGCGGCGAAAGUCAUAAAGAGCAUGAUCCAGAAAAAUCCAGAGUCACUCAACUUCAACGUCAUUGCCCUUCAUAAGAAAGAGGGAAUGGCAAGUACAUCUUAA